GUGUGCCGUGUGACCGUAAAUAACAUAAAAUUAUAACAUAAAGAGAUAAAAACACUUACCACCGUAAAGAUAAAAAGAUUAAUAUUCCCAAACUGUUCAUAAUUCGCAUAUAAAAUCAUAACAUUUAAAGAGAAAGAAAUACAACUAGAACGGGAUCAAAAAUGUAAUUAGAUCUAAAAAAAAACGCUUGUUAUUAUAAAUUACUCAACAAAUAUGCGUUAAAACAUCUCUGUAUCCAUUCUAACAUCGAAAGAAGUUAUCAUGUCUCUAAACUACGCCUUUGGAUUCUCGUUGUUUCUUCUCGUCCUUGUGGGACUCAACAUUUACUUUUUUUACACUUUAAACGGUGUAGGUAAAAAUAACUCCAAUUUUCACGUGCCUCGAAUUAAAUUAGAUCUCACGCCAAAUGUUUUUGAAGAUAUAUAUGACUAUCUUAACUAUUUACCUAGUCAAUACAAGGUUAAAAACUCGAAGUUUGUCCCUUAUCAAAAAAACCUUUUACGUUCAUUUAAUUCAACAAAAAAUGUUAACACGACCUCAGUCUGGAGAGAAACAGAAAAGUGGAAUAGUGAAGUGUCUCUUUUUCCCCAUGAGGACACUACCCCAGGUAAAAUACUCCACGCAAUACAGACUGCUCCAAUUGCAUUGGUGGACAAUGCCCCAAAAGGAACACAACUUAAACUGAUUCUUUUGUUAGAGGGUAAACAAAAACUAUUCUUCAAGCCCAAAAGGUACAGUUUGGAUUAUGUGAUAAAUGGUAAUAUUUAUGGUGGAUUCGACCGACACAAUUCCGAGGUCUUUGCAUAUUAUCUGGCCAUGGUUCUCAACAUGAAGUGGAUUGCACCCUCGGCAAUAAGAAGGAUACAUCUCAACAAAGACAUAUUACCAGUCGCCACAGUGGGUCUCAAGAGGUCUAUGAUUAAAAAUGAGAGUGGAUUGUUGUGUAUUUUCGGCAAAUGUUUCUACUGUAAGAGGAAUGAAACUGUGUGCCCUGACCAAAACGGUCACAUAGAGGGGGCGGCUAUAUUGUACCUGGACAAACAGUUUAAAGUCCACAAGUCUCCCUGGAGAAGGUCCUAUACUACAAGAAGUAUGGAAUGGCAGAAUGAUAAAGAUUUUUGUAAGAAAGUAAAAGGGCUUCUGAGUGUAAAGCGAAUACUGAACCUCGUUGAUGUUGCAAUAUUCGAUUUCCUUAUACAAAAUGGAGACAGACACCACUAUGAGGUGUACAAAGAUCAAAUUGUGUUAUUGGACAAUGGGAAAGGCCUGGGGAACCCAAGAGUUGAUGAACUAGAUAUCCUAGCACCAUUGUAUCAGUGCUGCAUGUUGGCAUCAUCAACAUGGCAAAGUUUGGAGAUGGUGUCUGGCGGCAGUUUGACUGAAACGAUCAAGUUGUUGGCAGCACUGCACGGCCACCAGCUGGCCCGAGAGGAACAUUUCAAAGCUGUGGAGCGGCGGUUGAUGAAGGUGUAUGCCACCAUACAGUAUUGUAUUGGCAAACACGGCCGGGCAAAAGUUAUACAAAAUGUAGUUUUAUAAUGAAUCUCCAAACUAUUAUUUAUUUUAUAGGAAUGUUAUUGACUUUUGAAAAUAAUUAUUGUAUAUUCUAAAUACUAUUAAUAAUUUAUAAUAUGUGAAUACUAGAGAGUAUUUUAUCCCUUUCUCACCAGAAAAGUGCAGGUGCACUUCUCAAUGAAUAGUACAGCUGCAAUAUGGUAUGCGCAGGACGCUUACUAGCUGCUAUGGUGUUAUUAGCAGAGACCAGAGUACCUACUUGAUUGUAUCACUUCAGAAAUAGUAGGAUAGACGUCACCACACUCAAAUUGUUGGCUUGAACCUCUAUAUUUGUAAUAUUAAUCUGUCGAUUGUUGGAAAACGACACACAAUAGAUAUUCUAUUGUAUCUCGUUCACCGACGAGCAUGUGGGGCUUGAUGAAUUAAGCUAAGUAACUGUCAUGACCUUAAUUUUUUUCCUGACCUUUAUGUUACUCAGUGUAGUGCUUAGUAAUAUAAAUAUAGAUGAUAGUAUAGGAAGUUAUGCAUCGCACCCAUACAGAACCUUUAAAAAUUGUAUUAAGCUAUGAGCUUCAUCACAUAUGUUCCUUAAGUGAUUUUAAGCAUUUUCAGUCCGGGGGGCAAAACGAAACAUGUGG